AUGUCUGGGCGCGGCAAGCAAGGUGGCAAAGCUCGGGCUAAAGCCAAAACGCGUUCUUCUCGGGCUGGUCUUCAGUUUCCAGUGGGGCGUGUGCACCGCCUGCUACGCAAAGGCAACUAUUCGGAACGCGUUGGGGCCGGCGCACCGGUUUAUUUGGCAGCGGUACUGGAGUACCUGACCGCUGAAAUACUAGAGCUGGCGGGCAACGCAGCUCGCGACAACAAGAAGACACGCAUCAUCCCACGCCACCUGCAGCUAGCCAUUCGUAACGACGAGGAGCUCAACAAGCUGCUGGGCCGCGUAACCAUCGCGCAGGGCGGCGUCCUGCCCAAUAUCCAAGCAGUGCUGCUGCCCAAGAAGACUGAAAGCCACCACAAGGCUAAGGGCAAAUAAAAUGCUUAGCAGUCCACCAGUGAUCCUGAAUGCAGGAA